UGUAUAAAAGCUGGCUAUUGUCCUCAAAUAGUACAUACCACUUGGUACUUCCAACAACACAACAAAUUAACCAAAAUGAUCGGAAAGGUCUUCUUCCUCGCUGCUCUCGCCUUUGCUGCCGCCAAGCCAGGCGUUCCAGCGGCGCUAGUAGCCCCAGCUCCCUAUGUAGCCGCACCAUUGGUCGCGGCGCCAGCACCUAUCGUCACCGCCUCCAGCUCACAGUACAUCGCAAGGAACUACAAUGGAGUUGUAUCUGCACCUGUGGCCGCACCUCUUGUAGCUGCUCCAGCGUAUUACUCCGCGAGAUACCUUGCUCCGCCUGCUCAGUACUAUUCCGCUCCACUUUCGUAUGCGUACGCACCCUCUGCUCCUCUGAUCGCCCUUAAAGUCCUGUCUUUGGCCACCAUCAUAGCUAGCUGCCACGCUAGCGGGUUUGGUCACGUGCCUCUACCACACGCACACUUAGCAGCAGUAAAGUCGUUUCCAAUUGUGCGAUAUGCUCCGUUCUACAAUUUCCCAUCACCCGUACGGUCAAUUCAUGCCGUAUCUCCAGGUUUCCCUGCUGUUGCGUCUUCAUUAGCCGCUGCCCCUAUUCUACCUCCACCAUUGCCGGCUCGCGUUUACCCAGCUCCUGUAUUCUCAGCUCCCGUACCAGCAGUGGCACCUGCUCCAUUCCUGCCAGCACCAGUACCCGCGCCAGUAUUUCCAGCGCCAGCAGUUGCUCCCGCGUACCCCGCGUUACCUGCACCGGCUCCUGUUUUUGCGCCUGCAUAUCCAAGAUACGCGCCUGUGCCCGUACCAGCUGCACCUGUAUUUGCCCGUGCGGCUUUGCCAGUUGCGCCAUUCUCACCCAUAGCUAGACCUGUUUUAGCGCCUGCUCCUGUCUUUGCUCCCGCGCCGUUAGCAGUUACAAAAGCUUUCCCAUAUGCCUUCGGUCCACCGGUGUUACAAGCUCCUGUGGUGAAACAAUUCGCGUGGAAGGGGAUCGGACUAAUGGGGCAGCUCCAGCAUAAGGAUAAGAAGCAGCAUAUGCAGCUGGGGCAAAGGGACCGGGUAGAGCAUAAGGAGCGGCAUAAGAUGAGUAUAGAGGAGCUGGUCCUGCAACGUAUGAUGCGUAAGGCGCGGCGUAAUGUGCUGGUGCGGCGUAAGCAGCUGGUGCAGCUAAAGGUGCAGCGAAUGGGGCAGCAACACCUGCAGGCACUAAGCCUGAAAUUGACGCGGUCUGACUUCAAAUUAAAAUGCAUUGCUCGUCUGGGUCAAACCUACAGUGCCAGCGGAUUGCUGUGGCCGUGUAAUAGAAUCAAAUGUAUUCCUUAUCCGUGUUAUUGCUCAAUGAAAUGGACAAACAGUAUAUAUUGUUGUGCACUCCUGAAGACGACACAGUACAUCGAAUACUUCAACGUACAUCUCACUUGUGAGCAGUCACAACUAUACCUAAGCAAAAUGAUCGCCAAAUUCUUUGUUGUCCUCGCCGCCGUCGCCGUCGCCAACGCUGGAGUUCUGCCUCUGGCUGCUGCCCCCGCUGCACUCGUGGCCCCGGCUGCCGCAGCGUAUGCUGUCGCGCCUUACGCCAGCUCGUACUCCGCUCACAGCAUCAACCACGCGGUAGCUGCGCCAGUGUACGCCAACGCACCUGUAGUAGCCGCAUCUCCAUACGUAGCUGCUCCCGCUCCCGUGGUAGCUGCUGCAUCUCCUGUUGUAGCUGCCCCUUCCCCCUUCGCUAGAUACAUCGCCUCUCCAUACUACUUAUAAACGAAUUUGGCGUCUUCAUUGCCUUGUGACUUGCUCAAUAAUAUAAUGUAUAUAAAUUAAAAUAUUUUGAAGUAUAUAUUGUAUAUAAAAAUUAAA